AUGUUUGAAAACGAAAAGAAUUUAAUAAUAACUUAUGAAACAUUCUCAAGUUUUGGGUGUAUUAAAGGAAUGGAAUUUCGAUUCAAGUCACCAAAAUUCCAAAUGGAAAACCACGAAAUUAGUAAAAUUAGAGAGAUUUUAUCAAUGGAUACUUGUUGGGGAUAUGAACUAGAAGCAAACGGUUCAAAAUUUAAAGUAGACCCAAUAAAUAAAACUGUAAAUGGUGAUCUAAUUUCAUUUCAUUCAAUAUCCAAUCAAAAUGAAAAUUCAAAUCCAAAACCUACUUUAUAUGCAAUCACUUCAAAACCAUAUGAUUCAAUCUUUGUAGUUUGUGAUGAUUUUGAUUAUACAAAUAAUUUGAAAGAAAAAUUCAUUCAUGUUGGUGAACUUUUUUUGGAUGACUUAAAGAAAAUUAAUUAA